AUGGAUUAUUACAAAUUGGAAACAAUUGAAUUUCCUGAUUCAGUUGAAGAGUUUGGUAAUAACAUCAUCUCAAAAUCUCAAAUUACUGAAAUUCACAUUCCAUUUCACCUUACUACGUUUCAUCACAGAGGACCUCUUGAGUUUAAUAAUAAAUUAGAAAAAUACUCAAUUGAUGAGAAUCAAGCGAAUUUUCAAGUAAAAGACGGAAUUUUGUACUCAAAAGAUAUGACGAAAUUGGUAAAUGUGCCACCAAAUUACCAGUCUAAAAUAUUAACGAUACCAUAUGGAGUAACUUCAAUACUUCCAGGUGCAACAGGUUGUUUGCAAAAUGUUGAGCAUUUAUAUAUACCGCAGACAGUCCAAUCUAUUACAGGUUUGUUAUAUGAGCCAAAAUCAAUUAAAUCUAUAACAAUUUAUCGAAAAGAAAAUUCAACAAAAGAAAUAGCAUGGUAUGAUCCAUAUGGAUUCGGAUUUUAUAAUUCAGCAGUUCAGAAAAAAGAUAUUAUUUAUACGAAUUCAAGUUUAUAUGCAACAUAUUACAAAGAAAAUAGAACAGUUGUUAUAUCAUCAACUAAUGAGAGUAAUAGAUACGAAUAUCAAGAUGAAAUACUUAAAAUGAACACGAACAUAAACACGAUCAUAUAUCCUAAAUCUGUAUCAAAGAUAUCAUCAUCUUCUUUCAAACCUCUUAGUCACAAUCAAUUCACAGUUGAUGAUUUCACAAACUACACUACAAUUUCUAUCUAUAACUUCAAAUACACAGCCUUGUGCUAUCAAUGUUUCUCUUUACCAUCUUCAAUUUCUUCUUCCUUAUUUUUAAUGUUGACAUAG